AUGACCAUAGCGCCGCGAUACGAGAUCGAACACCAUAUUACCAGCACCCGGAACGAUGAUUAUGAUGCACGCUUCACGGUCCGCCGAAACGGCAAGGCCUUUUACAUCAAGAUCUCGCCAUCCCAGUUUGUCAACUCCCCCAUGAUGACGGAUAAGUACCUAUCGUAUCUGGAGGUACUCCGAUCAGGCGAAGAGGUCCUUGGUAACAUCUACGACACCGACGUCUACGAAUGGGUCAUGGGCCCAUUUGGGCCACUCUUCGCCGAGCUCGCGCCCGACCCAUCAUGCCUCCCAAAGGAUGUCAGGAUCACUCUGCACGAUCAUCUUUUCCCAGAGUUUUUCGUCUUUGCCCUAGAUAUUGUUGAUGAAAAGCUAUAUCCGCGCCGUAUCGAAGCAGAACAAUCCCCUCAUCGGCCGUCAUUCGUCCGCUUUGAUGACGAUUUCCUCGACGAUCUGGAGACAUGGACAGCCUUCUACGAUCCCGCCGGAAUCAUCUUGAGCUUCAAAUAUCCCGAGGACGCGCUCUUCAAGCCGCCCAACAAGGUUCUUAUCGAUAACUGCCAGACUGAAUGCUUUUUUAAGCCGUGCAACUCUGGCGUUCAGAUUAAACAGGAGCUCAAAGCCUAUAAGAUGAUUCACGCCGCCGGCUUGGAUUCUCAGCUGCACCUAUGUCAUCUCUACGGCGUUGUUAUGGAUGACUCUGACUUUAUUCUUGGCCUUUUGUUAACUUACAUUGAUAAUGGAGAUUGUCCGCUGUCUACAAGAAUCCACCCUGACGAUCCCGAUGACCCUCCGGCUGCGAUCAGAGAACGAUGGGUAGGCCAGCUUGAUGCUACCCUCUCAGGGCUGCACAAGGCCGGCAUAGUCUGGGGAGAUGUCAAGGCAGAAAACGUUUUGGUAGACCGGGAUAACAAUGUGUGGAUUUCGGAUUUUGGCGGUGGCUAUACUGAGGGUUGGGUCGAUAAAGAAAUAGCAGGAACUGUGGAAGGCGAUCGGGUGGGUAUGGCUAAGCUGAAGAAAUUCAUCUUUUCUAGUAAAUGA